AUGGACACCUCAAUGAGCAACCUCCCUGUGGAGGUGAGCCUCAUUUUAAAUACCAACUUGACGAUCGUCCAGGUCAUAGCUAUGUUCUCGAUCGGAGCGUGGAACUCGUUGGAAGUUGUGAUUUGCAUAUUCGAAAGGUUCAAAAAGUAUCACGGGCUAUACUUCUGGAGCAUGCAAGUCGCGGCCUGGGGGAUAUUGUUACAUGCCAUACCAGCUCAAAUUCGCUAUACACAACAAGCCUCUGCCAUUGCCAUGUCAGUCCCUUUUAUGGUGGGCUGGAUCUGCAUGGUGACUGGACAAGCGCUCGUGCUAUAUUCCAGACUGCACCUCGUCGUGGCCGAUAUCCGCCAUGUACGAUGGGUAUUAUGGAUGAUCAUAACCAAUUUCUUCAUCCUCCAUAUUCCCAUGGCCGUCCUUUUCGGUCUCAACGUUGGCAAUAUAUCAUGCGGCCCCGUAUCGGGAAUCUACGAUCGUUUACAGGCAACCGGAUUCGCCAUCCAAGAUACAAUAAUCUGUGCCAUCUACGUCCGCGAGGCACUCCGAGCGCUCAAGCCCGUCUUCGAAUCAAAAGGACCGCAGGGCCGAAGAAUCAUCUACCGAAUACUCUUCGUUAAUCUCUUCGGCAUCCUGCUCAACGUAUUGAUCCUCCUCGCCGAGUACAAAGUGCACUACAUCGUCAUCAGCUUCAAGACAGUCGCCUACAGUAUCAAGCUGAAACUCGAAUUCCACGCCCUUACGCAGCUCCGCGAGCUGACACGCACUUACCCAUGCGCCUUUUGCCAAGGGGCUAAUGGCAAUGCUCGUCGUUCGACCGACAUCAAUCUCUUCGACAUGCUCGCAAACAGUCCCCCGUCACAGGAUACUGAGGCGCAAGCUAGCUCCAGUGCUGGCACUGCUGGGAGAACGGCGAGGUCGGAACAGCAUUCAGCGCGCAGCGGAAUCUACGAUUUUCACGAGGCCAUGCGCCAGACAAUGUCAACUAUGGACAUUGUUGAGUCACGGGCAAAUGCUCGGCCUCGGCUGCCCUCAUCCGAUACGCAGUCUUCGAUUGAAAUGGCAUUAAUCGAGCGCCCGAAGUAA